CCCGCGGGAGAGUGAGCGGCGCCCGGGCCGCCCCGCCAGCCCGCCGUUCCUCGGCCGCCGUCCGGGCGCGCGCAGCGAGCGGGCGCGACUAUGCCAAGAUGGUCCUGCAGGCGCGGAACAAGCACCGAGAGGCGGCCCCCAAGCCGCCCCAGCCGCCCCGCGCCUCUCAGUCGCCGCUGAGGGGGGCGCCGGACGCCGGCGCCGGGGAGCCCGGGCCCGAGCGCGCGCCCCGGUCCCCCGGGCGCAAGGGCGCCGCGGGCAGGAAGGGGCCCCGCGCCGAGCCCGCCGCGCCGUCCGCCGGGGGCGGGCUCGGGGGGCGCCUGGUGGCCGGGCUGCGCGGGGCGCUGGGCCUGCGGCGCGCGGGGCGCGGCCGGACCUGGACCACACUCCUGCUAGCUGCCUUUGCAGCAGUGUUGCACUGGAGCCAUAUAACACACCUCUUUGAAAAUGAUCGUCACUUUUCUCACCUCUCAACAUUGGAAAGGGAGAUGGCUUUUCGCACUGAAAUGGGACUGUAUUAUUCCUACUUUAAGACUAUCGUGGAAGCACCUUCAUUUUUUAAUGGAGUAUGGAUGAUUAUGAAUGAUAAGCUGACUGAAUACCCCCUUGUUAUUAACACAUUGAAAAGGUUCAAUCUUUACCCUGAGGUAAUCUUAGCCAGCUGGUAUCGAAUUUAUACCAAUAUAAUGGACUUGAUUGGUCUUCAAACCAAGAUAUGUUGGACAGUGACCAGAGGAGAAGGACUCAGUCCUAUUGAAAGCUGUGAAGGAUUGGGAGAUCCUGCUUGCUUUUAUGUUGCUGUAAUUUUUAUUUUAAAUGGACUAAUGAUGGCAUUAUUCUUCAUAUAUGGCACGUAUUUAAGCGGCAGCCGAUUGGGAGGCCUGGUUACAGUGUUGUGCUUCUUUUUCAAUCAUGGAGAGUGCACUCGUGUGAUGUGGACACCACCCCUCCGGGAAAGCUUCUCCUAUCCAUUCCUCGUACUUCAGAUGUUGCUUGUGACUCACAUUCUCAGGGCUACAAAACUUUACAGGGGAAGCUUGAUUGCACUCUGCAUUUCCAAUGUAUUUUUCAUGCUUCCAUGGCAGUUUGCUCAGUUUGUACUUCUUACUCAGAUUGCUUCAUUAUUUGCAGUAUAUGUUGUGGGAUACAUUGAUAUAUGCAAAUUACGGAAGAUCAUUUAUAUACACAUGGGUAUACUGGAAAUGAAACCGUAUUUCCUGAAAAUAAAUGUAUCCGAACUUAGUUUAUGGGUUAUCCAAGGAUGUUUUUGGUUGUUUGGAACCGUCGUGCUCAAGUAUUUGACAUCUAAAAUCUUUGGCAUUGCUGAUGAUGCUCAUAUUGGCAACUUAUUAACAUCAAAAUUCUUCAGUUACAAGGAUUUUGAUACUUUAUUGUAUACCUGUGCAGCAGAGUUUGACUUUAUGGAAAAGGAGACUCCACUGAGGUAUACAAAGACAUUGUUGCUUCCAGUCGUUCUGGUUGUGUUUAUUGCAAUCGUUAAAAAGAUUAUUAGUGAUAUGUGGGGUGUCUUAACUAAACAACAGACACAUAUAAGGAAACACCAGUUUGAUCACGGAGAGCUAGUUUAUCAUGCAUUGCAGCUGUUAGCAUAUACAGUCCUCGGUAUUUUAAUUAUGAGACUAAAACUCUUCUUGACACCACACAUGUGUGUUAUGGCUUCCUUGAUCUGUUCAAGACAGCUGUUUGGAUGGCUCUUUUGCAAAGUACAUCCUGGUGCUGUUGUUUUUGCUGUAUUAGCAGCAAUGUCAAUACAAGGUUCAGCAAAUCUGCAAACCCAAUGGAAUAUUGUAGGGGAGUUCAGCAAUUUGCCACAAGAAGAACUUAUAGAAUGGAUCAAAUACAGUACUAAACCAGACGCGGUGUUUGCGGGUGCCAUGCCCACCAUGGCAAGUGUGAAGCUGUCUGCGCUUCGGCCCGUUGUGAACCAUCCGCACUAUGAAGAUGCAGGGUUAAGAGCCAGAACGAAAAUAGUUUACUCAAUGUAUAGUCGAAAAGCAGCCGAAGAAGUGAAGCGGGAAUUGAUAAAGUUACAAGUGAACUAUUACAUUCUAGAAGAGUCCUGGUGUAUAAGAAGAUCCAAGCCUGGGUGCAGUAUGCCUGAAAUUUGGGACGUGGAAGAUCCUGCUAAUGCUGGGAAACCUCCCUUAUGUAACCUGUUGGUGAAGGAUUCCAAGCCACACUUCACCACUGUAUUCCAGAACAGUGUUUACAAAGUCUUAGAAGUUAUAGAAGAAUGACUGCUGCCCACAGAGAAGUACAUCAGUAAUGGUUUUAAUGUUUUGCUAAUAACUCAUGCCUUGUUUUUAAUUCAAAUCCCAAAAACUUUUAUAGGUAACUGUUUUCAAAUAGAAAACAUUUUCUUUGGUCAAUUCGAAUGUUGUUCUGAUUGUAAAAAUACUUAUACCUUAAUCAGUUGGUUACUCUUUCAAUGCACCCUUAAAAUUUGCUAUGCAAAUGAGUAUAUGUUUGUACCUGACUUAAAUAUUUGUGCUAAAGUGAGUGAGCAAAGCUGCCUGUGUAAGAAAUAUGAUGGUUUAUGACAAGAAAGGUAUGAAAAUAUCGUGAGUUCUGACCAUUAUAGGGGCUGAUUUUAGUGUAUGGAUUCUUAGUGGCCCUUGCUUCCUUUUCUGCCUCUUGUCAUUUGGACAUCUCCAUGACUGUCAUAAGCUCCUCAGUCAUGUCGGACCCCUGUCAACAACUUCCGUAAGAGUAGAUGGGGCAGACAUGGGUAUUUGCUAUGUGGAGUUCUCUGUUUCACUUCUUCAUGUUCUUUUGUUUAUUGUUGCUCUUGUUAAUGAAGCAUUUCCUGCCCAUUACUAAUCCAGAUUUUUGGAUCUAGUGGUCAGGAUCAAAUUCCUGUAAUUACCAACCCUGUGGCAUUAGCGUGUCUUCUCUCUCUCCUUUCUCUCUCUUUCUCUCCCAGCAUUCUUUGUCAAAUAAGUGUUAUUUACUCAUUUAGUUGCUUAGGAAGUACUUAUUCUUUGUUAAAAAAAAAAAAUUAAUGGCAAUUGUGUAUUUUUCUCAUUUUUGGUAUUACUCAGAUGUUUAUAUUUUAGUACCUUUAGACCACUGUAAAAUUUUUUCAUGUUUAAUUGUAGUUUUAAGAACAGCUAUUUUGAAAGACCCAAAUAUGAUGAUGCAAACUAGUGUGUAUUUGAGUAGACACAAAUUACAGUGUAACAGUAGACUGUAGUAUGUGUAGUUUUUCUUUUACUAUUAAGAUACAAUAAAACAUGACUAAUUUUUCUGUCAAAAAAGUAAACCCAUAAUGAGAAAUGAAUGGAAUUUUUAUAUUUUAUUUUUUAAAUUGCCUGUCUUUAGUAAGACAAAGCCUUAAGCCUUACGUUAUAAUUUUGAUCCCCAAAACUAUCAUUUCAGUAUGAAGAACGAAUAUACGCAACCUUCCUCUUUAAGUUUUUUCCUUCUUAUUUAUUUAUUUUAAAAGAUUCCCAAACCUGCUCUGAAUUCCUAGUAUGAAUUUUUGUUUCUUAGAAGUUAAUUUGUGUGAAAUGAGAUUCUUCAAAACGGUGAAUCCUCAUAGUUCUGAGAAACGGUUUUAAGAUUUUAAAUUCUAAGCAAACCAUGACUCUGAUGGACUACACAUUUAAUUAUACAGUGUUCUCUUUAUUAACCACAGGCAGAUUAACCUCAUUGUGGACUGUCCUUGAGACCUGAGUCCUCAGGGAUGGUUUCCGGUGCCCACUCCUGGGAGCCACUGAAGAGCUGUUCCCUUUCUGCCUUCUCACCAGAGCCCAAGGACAAGCCUGGUCUGGGGGAAGCACUAGCUUGCUUAGAGCAGAGAGCUGCAAGGACAGCCUGGGCUGGUGAGUGGGCAGCCCCCAGCCCGCCCCACAGCCCGCGCUUCCGCUUCCGGGGAGCCUCCUUCCAGCGGGAGCUGCCGACAGUGUCUUCAGGUGCCAACCCCCUCCUCCUCGCUCGCUGCUUGACUUUUAUUUCUUGGGCUUCUGCCAGUUUCAGAAAAUAGGGAAGCAGCUGGGGAGUCGUGGAUUAGGAGUAGAAUUUGAGCAAUGAUGCAGCAAUCCGGAAAAAUGGGAAGAGGGCACUUGAGGCCGAGGUGGCUGAGAGUCGCCGUGGGCGGGGGGAGGGAAGCGCGCUCCGCUCUCUGUGCCACUGUUCACGCCGACAUGGCUGUCACCUACACGCAGCGCUGCCGGUUUUUUAAAAAUUGUACUUUUAAAGUCACUGUCUUUUCUCCCCACCCUCCAAUCAUUCCUUUCCUGAUGAGGUCACGUGUAAUGAUUGGAAAUUCUGUACAGGAAAAACAUUAAAAUACCAUUUUGACUGUUUCAUAUGGUGGGAAAAGUUAAAAGUGGUCAAUUUGGGUUGUUCCCCUCCCCAUGAGAAUCCCUUUUGUAACGGUAUUUAUUAACAUAACUACACCAGCGAGCUAUGAGUGUAUUUUAGGCCAGUCAGUUAAGAACAGAGGCCUUGGGUUACGCGGCAUACUCAGCCUUGGUCCCAUCUGGUAGCAGCCGGUGCUGUAGAAGAUCAGUAUCUUUUAUGGGAACAUAGAAUAGUAGUAGUUUCCAUAUACAUGACAAAACAGUAUUAAAGCUCAGUAUUCUACUUAUUUUUAGCAUUUGAAAAAUUUUUUUUUGCUUUAGUAUGAGGAAGGCAAGGAUGGGCAAGGAGGUGGUAAAAAUAGCCCUUGUUGUGGCAUAUGAAAAAACAAAAUGGGGGCAGUAUUUCUAUAUGCAGAAAAGCCUCUAAAAACACUUCGCAGAAAAAGUAUCGUGUUAAAAUAGGACAAUGAUAUUAAGGAGAAUGUGAAAGGCUGUAUCAGGAAUAAAGGGAUAUCACAUGGAAGUAUCGUAUUUUUAUGAAUUUUAUGCCAGUUUUACAUGUACUAUGUAUGUUCAAUAAAAAAGAUGAUGAAAAAUCUA